CUAAGGGAAGCAGAAGUCCCGGCACCGGAGAGGGAAACGCACAUGGGACCUGAGCUCCUGGCUUCAGCCUUGCCGCCCGGGCGCUAGUCCCCUGGUCCAUACAGAGGAUACGGCAGCUUCUGGAUACGAACUGGGUUGUCCAUCGUGGAGUCAGAGAACCCAGAAGAAGAGACAGGGCCGCAGCGCCCAUCCACCUGGGCGGAGGAGAGGGCGCAGGGCCAGGUAGGAUGCGGCUCCGCCUCCUGCUACCAGCCCUACCCGAAGGGCGGAGGCUGUGCACCUUGGAACCCUGCCUCUCCCUCUCUCUCUCCCCACGGGUCUCUGAGCCCCAGCCUUCAGUCAGUUUCAGGAAGGAAGCUUGAAGCGGAGGGCUACGGAGCCAGGGCUCCCCACCUCCAAGCGCGGCCGAUGAAGGCUACAUUUUGGAACUGGAAGCUCAGACAAAAAGAAUUCGUUUGCACCACCAGCAAGAAGCUCAGCUAUGUGGACUCCCAGCCGGAAGCAGCUCUGCCUGGCAUUUCUGUCGGUCUGUGUGCUCUCUGCCGGCUCCUUCUUCUUCCACCUGAAUGGAGGAAACUUCUUUCAAAAUGCUCUAACUUUCUCUGUCCUGUGUCCAGACUAUCACCUGCUGAAGUCCCCAGUGGCCAUGGUAUGCCUACCUUAUCCGUCGAACGCAUCCAGUGGCUCCCCUUCCUGUCCCGAGCAGUCCUUGCUCUCUGGGACUUGGACAAUCACCCCCGGAGGCAGGUUUGGUAACCAGAUGGGACAGUAUGCCACAUUGCUGGCCCUAGCCCAGCUCAAUGGCCGCCGGGCUUUCAUCCAGCCUGAGAUGCAUACCACCCUGGCCCCUGUGUUCCGAAUCUCCCUGCCAGUGCUGGACCCUGAGGUGGACAGUCUCACGCCUUGGCAGCACUUAGUCCUACAUGACUGGAUGUCAGAGGAGUACUCCCACCUGGAGGACCCGUUUCUCAAGCUGUCUGGUUUCCCCUGCUCUUGGACCUUUUUCCAUCACCUCCGGGAACAGAUUCGCCGGGAAUUCACCCUGCAUGACCACCUACGGGAAGACGCACAGCGCCUGUUGAGUGGGCUCCGGAUAGGCCCUGCAGGCAUCCGUCCUCGUACCUAUGUGGGUGUUCACGUGCGUCGUGGAGACUAUUUGGAGGUGAUGCCUAACCGCUGGAAGGGAGUGGUGGGUGACCGAGCUUACCUCCAGAAAGCCAUGGACUGGUUCCGGGCCCGGCACAAAGACCCCAUCUUUGUGGUCACCAGCAAUGGCAUGAGAUGGUGUUUGGAGAACAUUGACACAUCCCACGGUGAUGUGGUCUUCGCUGGCAAUGGACAGGAGGGUACGCCGGGGAAGGACUUCGCACUGCUCACCCAGUGUAAUCACACCAUCAUGACUAUUGGGACCUUUGGCUUCUGGGCUGCCUACCUGGCUGGUGGAGACACUGUCUACCUUGCUAACUUCACCCUUCCAGAUUCAGAGUUUCUGAAGAUCUUCAGGCCUAAGGCUGCCUUCCUGCCCGAGUGGGUGGGCAUUAACGCAGACUUGUCCCCGCUGCAGGCUCAGUUUGACCCCUGGGAGACAGACAGUCUUUUUAGACUGGCUUGACUCAUCAAGGGUCAGCCAUCUGUGUCUCUCUGCUUUGGAGUAUGUCUGCCAUCAUCCUGGAGCUGGGGGCACUCAUGGCUGGACUUGCAGAUGAGCCUUUUGGAGUGCUGGAGUGCUUUACAGACAUUUCAACAGGGUAGCAUUUUCUGACGGCAGGGGAAGCCCAAGUCAGCACUGUAAGUCACAGUCUCUUCUGACUUUCCUGGCUCACCUUAGAAUCUCUGGACAGCUGCUUCUGGGUUAGGGAGGCUAAAGAAAAUCCAGACUUACCAGCUGGGCCUCCUGAAUUCUUGGAGUCCUUCUAGAAUGUUCCUGAGAGCCUGGUCUGGUCCCCAUGCAGCACCCUGCAGGGCCCUUCCAAGACUCUAGACAGUGAAGAAUUUAAUGACGGUGGAUGGAAAAGCUCAGUGCCACCUCCUGCUGGAAACACGGAGUGAUGCAAACCUUUCAGGAGCCAGAUUCUUGUUAGGGAGAUGAGAAUAAUUUGAGCACAUAUGAAGUCUGUCCAACUCCUUGGCCCCAGAGAAACUUCAAAGACUUUUAUUUAGGGUGGGCUAAAAGUGGGCUAGAGGAGAGAACCGCUGUUGAAAUGCUCCUUAAGGAGCAAUGUUUAAGGUGCUCUUUAAAAAAAAAAUUCUAGAAACUUUUUUAAAAAAGAGAGCUUAAAAGUUAAAGAAUUAUACAAAUUAGUCCUGAAUUUAGGAUCGAGAAGGUUUCUUCUUCUGAAGAUGCUAUAAGGGAUCUGGGAUCUGUGUUCUGGAGGUAACCAGGCCUCCAGAAAAGAAGGGUAUACCCCUGGGCUCACAAAAUCUUAAAUCCGGCUUUGAGAAGGUCAAGGGUGAAGGAUCAGAAGGUGUUCCAGAACUGUGAGCUCAGCCUAAGUCCCUAUAAAACACGGGCUGGAAGCAAAGAUGGGACAUUUGGCUGACAUCAGGUAUACUUGAUGCUUUUUCAAGAACGGAGAAAGUUUCCUCAGAUAGCAUUUAAUCUAAUUGUAUUCCCUUCCAAGACCAACUUCUAUUCUUCUCAGGGAGUUUCUGUGCCUUUCCCCCAACUUGGCCUGUACAAGCUAGAGAAGGGGGCUGUGAAUUAAAGGGCCACAUCGCC